UCACUUUCAGAAGUGAUCUGGAGUUGAUGGAGGUACUUCCUACAGCUAGAUCAGAGCGAUCUCUGGGUUGAUCUUUUGUAACAAUCAAUUUUUAUCACGAUCAUUAUAUUUUUAAUUGUUCUUUUUGUGAUUAAUUUCUUUUUUUCAGUGAUCUUCUUCACGUGAUCGUAUGGAUUUUUUAAGAGAAAAGUGCAGCACUUCAUGUGAUCAUUUUUUCCUGGGAUCGUGCGUAUUUUUGGAGAAAAGUUUUGUGGAUUUAGAGAGAGAGAAAAGAGCCCAGCAGAUCAAAGUAUAUGAAUGAGAUGAUCGAGGAUGUUUGAUCAAGAAGAUCGUGUUAAUUGUUGAUGUGAUAUAUGCUAACCCCUCUCGAUCGCGUACAUUUGCUAAAAAUGCCUCACUAUUUAUUUCAUCAAUUGACUUAAGAUGAAAAUAGAGUGAUUUAGGGGGAAAUUGCUAUGCCUGUGGGACAUUUGACAAUAUUUACCAAUGUCUUUCGUGUGUGAAAAUGUUGAUCAUCAACUGACGACACAAUCUAUUCACACAAUUUAACCAGCUCCAGUGCGAUCGCCACACUUUUUUCACCAUGACGCUGAUUCAUGUAAUUUCUCGCUCACUCUCCAGGAGUGUGGAUCAACUUCUUGGUGAUCGGUUGACGCCAAAAAUUAAUUAGACACCCCAUGCUGAAUGACUUUGGGUAUAAAAUGGUGUGGCUGAGUCUCAUAAAUAGUCAGAGAUCGAACGGCAAGACAAUAGUCAAUAUCCCAACAGAUACGCUUUUCGAGCCAAAUAAAUUCACUUGAUUCACGAUCAUGGAGAUCAUUAGCAAAGUUGCAAUUUUCUGUACGAUCAUCUGUGGGUGUUUGUGCAUUAUCAGUGGAUUGCCUGUGAUUGAUCUCACGGGAGGAUCACUAGCUAUUCCCGCCGAGGAGACCAUUGGCAACAGUGAACCUAUUCCUCAAUCCGAACUAGCACUGUCCGAGUUGGUGGCUGAGCAGAAUACAACGGAAAAUGGCACGAUCAAGGAUCUCUAUGUGAUCAGAGCUGUAGUCUAUGAAAUUGGAAUCCUUACUGAUGUACCUGAAAAUGAGACAAAUACCGCAACCAAUGAGACCGAACUGAUCAAUGAACGUGUGGAUUUGACCUUCUUCAAUGCCCACAAGAAUGACACACACAUUGAUCUCGGUGAGAUUCCUCUGCCCAUCCAAACUAACGUCAGUGGUCAGGUUCUCACGGGAAUUGCUCCAGUGAAUGUGGGAGCUAUUGACGUGGAUCAUCCAGAGGAUAUCCUCGAAACCCUCCCAAUCACCGGCACCAUCGUCAACAUCACAAAGAGUGAAUCAUCAAUGUUCGUUGUCAACACGCAAAAUGUGACUUUCGAUGAGCUCAACACAUACCUGGAUGAAGACGAUCUCACAAAAAUCCCCGUGGUCAGCAACGUGAUCCCAGCUAUUGAGAACCUAGAGACAUCCAAUAAUAUACCACUCUCAGAAGCCCUCAGUGGUCUUCUCUAGAACAUCAAAUUCCCUCCUCAAAAACUCCCCACUUCCCCCUUUUUUAGCAUAAUUUGUUUUUACGUUUGAAAUUAGUGUGUAAUGUUUUCUUAAAGACUGUUAAUUUGUUAAAAUGUAAAUGUUCGCAAAAAGUAUUAUGUACAGGCAGUGUUAAAAUUGUAUUAAAAGGAAGAGUAAUUUUAAAACAAA